AUGUUUAGAGAUAGGACUAAUCUGUACUUGUCCUACAGGCGGACGUUUCCGCACAAUGUGAGGCUAUCGAGCACGUACCGGGACGACAGCGAUAAAGCCACUACUGAGUUUGAUAUUGACAAUGAGGCAUACCCAAUGAUAGAGAUGGGCGUACACAGUAAGGGUAAGAACACAUUACCGCCGGUAUUCAUUGAUAUCGCUCGGGAUAUAGAUGACUAUUUGGACAAAGUUCGGGAGCACACUGCGAAAUUGCACAAGUUAUACCAGAAGAACUCGCUUCCAGGGUUCGAGGACAAGACUCACGAUGAGAAGCUUAUAGAAGAUAUUAGUUUCAAAGUGAUACAGUUAUUUCAGAAGUGUUACAAUAUUAUGAAGAAACUAAAAGGUAUAUACGAUGACCAGACGGUCGAUGGUAGAAGGCUAAAUAGAGGUGAGCUGAUGAUACUGGAUAAUGUACAGAAAAGUUAUGCCGAUAAGAUACAAAUAGAAAGCAAUAAAUUUAGGGCACUACAGAACAACUACUUGAAAUUCUUAAAUAAGGAUGACUUGAAGCCCAUAAGCAACAACACAUUGAAAAGCAGUAGCGCAAAUGAAACUGCGCUUUUAGAAGAAGAUACAAUUGGUGGUAUUGGUGCUAGGGAGCAACAAGAAAUUGAAGAAUAUUCACGGCAAACCUUACAACGGAGACAAGCGACCUCAUCAGAUAAUUAUUUACAUGUCAGAGAUGAAGAGAUUACCCAACUAGCCCAAGGCGUUCUUGAAGUUAGUACAAUUUUUAGGGAAAUGCAAAGCCUGAUAAUAGAUCAAGGGACUAUCAUUGAUAGGAUUGAUUACAACUUAGAGAAUACAGUUAUUGAACUAAAAUCUGCUCAGAAUGAGUUGAAUAAGGCCACUACUUAUCAAAAGAGGACUCAAAAAUGUAAAAUUAUUCUUUUGCUCACAUUAUGUGUUAUCGCAUUAAUAUUCUUUAUCUUAUUAAAGCCUCGGGGAGGUUCCACUCGUGUAGUGCAUGAAGUAGAGCAGGUACCUGUGCCUGUUCAUCCUGAGAUAAAUGAUUUUGAGAAUGAUAAACGUUAUAUAGAAGACAACAUACAAUUAAUUUGA